AGGUAGCGCGAGCAGGCUGGCUCUCAGACUUCUCAUCUCCAUACAGUCAGAGUGAACUGCGGGGGCAGACGGAGUGGAUUGCUGCAGUCCUCGACAGCGGAAAGAGCCUCAAAUAAGGAUUUUUUAUCGAGCUGUAUCGACUCACAACUCCCGCUUUUGUUCCAUUUUCGCCUACUUCGUUUUGGAAUUCGACAAACGGAACUUUUCCCUUCUCUGGAGUUUGGAGAGACGCUUUUUUCAGAUAUGGACAGUCGGCGACCCGCUGCAGGGAGCGACUGGCCGAUGUUCGCUCAGUAGUCACGGGAAUAAAACUGUAAACUCGCCGUCUGGGACUUUUCACUGGAUGUUUGAUGAAGUGCUUAGCUAUUUCGGUCAGUUCUGGGACACCGUGGAUUUACCAGGUUCAGGAACGGAUAGAUACACGCGAUUCCCGGUCGACGACAAGAAGGAUUUACGCUUCUAAAGUUGCAGGAAAAACAUGGAGACUGUAAGUCGGCAGAGCUUCCAGCCUCAUCCGGGACUGCAACAAACUCUCAAGCAGUUUCACCUCAGCUCUAUGAGCUCUCUGGGCGGACCGGCGGCUUUCUCUGCCCGGUGGCAACAUGAGCUCCUCUUCAAGAAGGACGGUAAGGAGCCCGAGCCGGUCCUGCAGCAUCUGCCGCCGCCGGUAAUGCCGGGCCCACUGUUCAUCCCGUCGGACCGCUCCACGGAGAGGUGCGAGACGGUGCUGGAGGGCGAGACCAUCUCUUGCUUUGUGGUCGGCGGGGAGAAGCGGCUGUGCCUGCCGCAGAUCCUCAACACGGUGCUGCGGGACUUCAGCCUGCAGCAGAUCAACUCCGUGUGCGACGAGCUGCACAUCUACUGCUCCCGGUGCACGGCGGACCAGCUGGAGAUCCUCGCCGUCCUGCGGCCUCAUCACCAAGACGGACGCGGAGCGGCUCUGCAACGCCCUGAUCUACGGAGGCGCCUACCCGCCGCGCUGCAAGAAGGAGCUGAGCGGAGGCUCGCUGGAGCUGGAGCUCACCGAGAGGAGCUUCAAAGUCUACCACGAGUGCUUCGGCAAGUGCAAGGGCUUGUUCGUGCCGGAGCUGUACACCAGCCCCAACGCAGCGUGCAUCCAGUGCAUGGACUGUAGACUCAUGUACCCGACCCACAAGUUCGUGGUGCACAGUCACAAGGCGCAGGAGAACAGGACUUGCCACUGGGGCUUCGACUCGGCCAACUGGAGGGCGUACAUCCUCCUGGGCCAGGAUUACACGGGGAAAGAGGAGAAGGCCCGCCUGGAGCAGCUCCUGGACGAGAUCAAGGAGAAAUUUGACUUCGCCAACAAGUACAAGAGGAAAGCAUCCUCCAGGGUUUCUGAUCCCAUCCCGAUCAAAAAGUCCAAACAUGAAGACUUCCCGUCGCAAUCCCCGCUGGCUGACAAAGAGAAGCAGCACGACUGGCUACAGUCCCUGUCCGCCUCCAACAAGGGGCUUAACUGCAUUCAGCCCAGGCAGAGGCCCUCAGCUUUCAGACCCUGGUCCCCCCACAUCUCUGCUGGUGAGAAGGAGCCUUCCAGUCACCCCCUUGCCCUCCUGAGAGACAGCUUCUACAACUACAAGAGCCUAGAGAAAGCCGUGGCCCCCAAUGUUGCCCUCACACCGUUGCCCCUGGGGAAGGUGAGUCCCAUGUCCCCUUCGGUACCAAGCACCUCCCACCCAAGCGGAGGUGAACCACCAGGUGAGAGCACCAACGCUAACUCCAGGCCUCGCAAGAGAAGGGCCACAGGGGAGCUUCCGCCCCCGGCGCCAGAGGCCCCCUGCCCUGUAUCCUCAGCUGCCAUCAAGCUGCCCCCACCGCCUCAGGACGACAAAGACUCUGAGGUGGAGAUUGAAGUGGAGAGCCGUGACGAAUUCACUUCUUCCCUGUCCUCCCUGUCGUCGCCAUCUUUCACUUCGUCCAGCAGCUCAGCCAAGGACUUGAGCUCGCCAAGUGCCCAAGGGUCCAUCUGCACUGUCACGUCAGCCGAGGGCACUGCCCCUGUAGCGGCACCCGUCGCGGCCCCCGUGACCCCACCAGAGCUGGGGCUAGAGUCGGAGCUGGAGAGCUUGAGGCAGGCGCUGGACAGCGGGCUCGACUCAAAAGAGUCAAAGGAGAAAUUUUUGCAUGAGAUUGUUAAGAUGAGAGUGAAGCAGGAGGAGAAGUUGGGAUCUGCUCUGCAAGCCAAACGCAGCCUUCAGCAGGAGUUGGAGUUCUUGCGGGUGGCCAAGAAGGAGAAGCUGCGGGAGGCGACCGAGGCAAAGCGAAAUCUGAGGAAGGAGAUUGAGCGCCUGCGAGCCGAAAGCGAGAAGAAGAUGAAGGAAGCGAACGAGUCACGGAUCCGUCUGAAGCGAGAGCUGGAGCAGGCCCGACAGCUGAGGGUCUGCGACAAAGGCUGCGAGGCCGGACGUCUUCGCGCAAAAUACUCUGCACAGAUCGAGGACCUCCAGAUGAAGCUGCAGCACGCCGAGGCCGACCGCGAGCAGCUCCGAGCCGACCUGCUGCAGGAGCGGGAGGCCAGGGAGCACCUGGAGAGGGUGGUGAAGGAACUACAGCAGCAACUCUGGCCAAAAUCCAACAGUGACAAGGAGGGGACGCUCAAGGACAUGCCAGCUGACAACUAACCCAGCAGCCAACCUCACCACCCAACCAUUCCCCCACCCCCGCCCCCCCAUCGCCAUCAUCCCCCAACAUCUUCUGUCCAACCCAGACCAUAAACACACCCAGGAGUCCUGGGCCGGCCACAUUGCACCGCCGUCCAUCAUGCUCGCCCUCCAGAACACAAAAAUGACAGACUCACCCUCCGACCAGAGACAGAGAGAAGGAAUGUGUCCUCAUCCGUGCCCAUGAAAAGUUAAGUGAGUGCUUUCCUUGGAGAAUGACUGGAAACAGCAAAGUACAAUGAUGCAACAAGGAAACGUGUGUUUCUGAAUCAAGCACUGACUUGCACCUUCCAAACUCACAGAACUGAAAACUGGACCACAAAACCGAAAGAAAAACACAUGUAUAGCACAAAAUGUGUGUGCCUGUAUUGACAAGAAGACAGGGUGAGACGUUUGGACGGAUGUCUGAGACAAUAAAUGCUGAAAGAUGAUCAUGUUAUGUAAGAGUUCUGUAGCUGUUGAGAGGUGUUAUAGCGGUGUGGCCUGGAGGUCAGGGCUCACAUUUAACCCCGGAUAAAGUCUCCACCGCCGUCCCUCUCCACGACGAAGAUGGAGGAUUUUGAACACAUUAUAAGCUAUUUAAGAGACUACAUAGCGAUAUGUAAGAAAAAAAGACAGUUUUGUUAUUCCUCUGUGCUAUUGGAGAAAAUAUAAUAGAUACAAAUGAAUUAGAAGAUGAACAAAACAAGCAAAUGAACUUUCCACAGUGCCACCGUGGUUUUGUCGGUUUUUCAGGAAGCCAUCGCAGUCCGCUGAGGGGGAAAAGCAUCGAGAUUGAACUUCAAGCACCCUCUCUUGUCCUCCAAUUGUUGUUUUAUAAAAUCAUUUAUUUCUAAAGUCGGGUGGACUUCGGGUUGAUGUUUUUCCCCAGAUCGGGGAUUGGAAAUAAAAACAUGCCGUUUUGAAGUCAGCUUUUUAGCGAGCACCUGUUUUGGAUGAUCAAUAACGAUAUACACAACAGUCGACAUCUCGGCCUGUCUCACACACACACAAACACACACAAACACACACAUACACACACACACACUGGUUGCUGAUAUGUUAUUUUAAGCAUUUGGGUCAAAACCCUGAAGUCUUUGUCUUCUAAAGAUAAAAUACUCUAGAUGGAAGUGUGGCCGGUGACAGAAGCCGGCAUGUUUUUAUGGCAUCAGAACCAUCAUGUGUAGAAUCAUAGUGGGCUGGAUGGGGCACCUUUGGCAAGAACCACAAAAUGUUCAUUUUAAUUAAAUUAAGGUAUGUAAAUAUAAAUAUAUGUUGUUUUUUUUUUAAUUUUACAAUAAUGAAUCGCACUUUGUCAUAACAAAAUACUGUUAUAAUGCAUUGUACUCCCACUAUUGUCUUCAAGCUUACUUUGAAAACAUCAUCUUAUACAUGACUGCUACCAUAUAAAUCCAGUAAGCAUUUUGUUGAUUAUAUGCAUCUCGAAUAAAUACUGUUGUUCUGUUUUCUUAAGGCAAAGUAUUGUAAAUAAACGGUAAGAAAAAAAGGCUCCACCUGAUGCUUGCUGAUGCAGUCUGGGAUUGUUGGAACGUUUUGGGCGGCUCCCAUUUUCUUUUUUUUUUUGUAAUAUAAUUGACACAGAUGUCGCUCGAGCACCCGGUUACAACUCAGUUUGACGCAGCUCGGCGAGGUGAAUGGUUGCAGGAGCCUGAACAAACAGUCACAUGUUCGAAGAAUAAAAUCCGAUUUUAUUCCAAAGGCAGAGGCCACGAGUCUGCCGUCACGUAGUGGGUACAAUGCAAUCAGAAUGUACAUUGUGUUAAUGCUAUUUUUCCUUUGGUUGUUGAUGUUGUUUUAAACGUGGAGAUAUUUUAUUGCUUGUCUGUUAUGUUCACUUUUUUCAAUAGAAAACUCAUAUUUUCUUUAUGCAUGAAAUUUGAGAUACAUGAAGUUUGCCAUACAUAUAGUCAGUUAUUGGGCAUUGAUACUGUACAUGUAAGGGUUUUAUUGUGUUAUGCAAUAUAAAGCAAUUUGUCUUAUUCAGAACAGGAGAAAGUAAUCAAAAAGCAACACACCGUGUAUUGUUCUUAAGAAAAAAAAAAGCUUCACACUCGCAAAAAAACAAAACAAAACACAACAAAAAAAGUUGUUUUCUUAAACGCAAUGCUGGAAAACCUCAAGUGCCUGGACGUGGGCGAAAGGUUUCCAGAGUAGGGAAAACUGAUGAUGAAGCUGUUGGGGCUGGGCCUCUCAUCAACUUCCUGUUUGCAGGUUUCAAAUUAAAAGCCCCUCCCUUGCUCAGCAGCUGUGAUACAAUAAAAUAAAAAAUCAGUAUUCCUAAAACCAACCAGUUUACAAACUUUUGUCCUUUUUCAAUGCAGAGAACAAUUGAACAAACGCUAGAUGCUUAAGGCUUUUUUCCUGAAUGAGUGCUCUUUUUCUUCAUUUGAAAUCAAUGAUAUGCAUGUUCAAACAAUUUUUAUAGAAGACCUUGAAAAGCCACUUGCUUCGGUGAAUUGUUACUUUGGGUUGUACAUAAAGACUUAACUGUUUAUUCCCAGUUUGUUGACCUGUCCUGAGGCAGACACGUCGAGGAUAAUAAAGAGGGCAUUAUGUUAAAAGCCCUUUUCUUAUCUAACAUUACUGAUGUUGCUCAGAGAACAACACUGCGACUUUGGCAGACCUAAAAUUGGUACAUUUUGUAGUUGUUUUUACACUCAAAAGAGUUGAUAGCCUAUGUGUAGUUUACUUUACUCAUGGUUUUCUACAAAAAAAGGGAGACCAUAACGACAUUGGCUCUUCACUCUCCCACGCAAAAAGAAAAAAGCAGUUUAACAAAGUCUUGUUUUCUAAAGGAGAAUCAUUUUGCUAAAUAAUGGACAGUAAAGCAGCAAUAACAGUCCAUAUUAAUAGACAAAUACUAGCCAGUGUGAAGAUUUGAAUAAGAAUUUACAAAUGUAAAUAUGUUUUUCAUUUACGAUAUUGUAUAAUAUAUGUACAUGGUGUUUCCUUUUUCAAAAAGAAAUCUUUUCUUACAAUAGCUGUCUUGUUUUUUUUUGUUUUUUUUUGGAAUUUGUGUUUUAACUGAGAUGUUUCAAAAACAGUUAAUGCAGUGCGUAAGAGAAUAUUCCCUACAUAAACAUGUUAAUCCAUUAUUUUCAUUUUUUUUUUACUGUAGAGUCUUUAUAUUGAAUGACUUUUUUCACCAGUUCAUAUAUAUUUUUAACAGUAUGUUCAGUAUCAGAUAGCAGAAACACACGCGCACACACACACACACACGUACGUGACUACGCCACCUUGCAGAUUGUUUCCCCCUCAUCCUCAUGUAUCUUUUUAGCCCUGUGCUGCUGCUAAUACUAUAUAAACCUUACAAUUCUAGAAAUAUUUUUAUGUAAGAGGUAAAUGUAAGCUUUCCCAUUUAUUAAUGCCACAUAUACAGUAUGAAAAAAAAGCUUGGCAUAUUCAUCUAUCUCCUUUGUUUCCCCUCAUCUUUUCACGCCUUUUUCCUCAUCCCUCCUCCAACAGCACCCCUCCCCUUCUCUCACGACACGGACUAUAUUGUAAAGUAAAGGACUUUAUGAGAUUAUGUUUGAAAAUAGCUAUGCUUAUAUACUACAGUGACUGAAUGUACAGUGUAUAGAUGCAUUACCAGAAAUAAAGUUGUUUGUCCAUA